AGGAGCUGGAAGUCAAGCUGGAGACUGCUAAAUCUUCACGUCGUUUUUACUCUGCCCCGAGGCAAGGCCGUGUGCCCCGCGCGUGCGGGCAGGGGUUUUGCUCUUUGGGGCGCUCGCUUCCCCCGGGAGCGCGGCGGGGGGAGCCUUUCUGCAGGCAGCGAGGGGAGCCGGACGGGGCGUGCCGCGCUGAGCAAAGCAGUUUUCCCUUGCUUGGUUUCUGUCCGUGGACAAUGGAGACGAGGAGUGCUGAGCACCGAGCAAAGCCCCCUGUGUCUCAAGGCCAGCAGGGUGAGCUUCUGCCCUGGUGCUCUUCAGCUGGCGAGGAAGGUGAGGAAGGUGUGUAUUGCCUCUUCUGUCGGAGCAGCAGCGAGCGCAGUCCCGAGGAUGAGCCUAACUAUGCAUUGACAGAUGAUGACUCCUCGCCCUGCCUGGGUGGAUCUUUCCCCAGGAGAACCUGGAGGCACUGUCCAAGAUCCAUCAGCCUCACAGAGGAUCGUGCAGGGCACAGAGGGGAUGGUACAAGCAAGAAUAAAUUUUUCAGGAGUGGUGAAGUGUUGGCCUUCGAUGAACUUUCUCAGACAAAGCACAGGCAUGUGCUUGAGCAUGGUGAAGCAGAGCUGGCAUGGCUGCUCGAGCCACUCUGGGCAGACCUGGGGCAACACCACGACAUCCCAGACCGGGAGGAAGAUGAGGAUAAUGCCUUCUCUCCAUCUCCUGGGGAAAUGAAGACAUGGUCCGGCCAGCUGUGUUUCACAUUGCUAGAAGAUAAAAAAGAUGCAGAAACUGAAGCCAAGAAAGCUUGCGACUGGCUGCGAGCGGCGGGAUUCCCUCAGUAUGCCCAGCUUUACGAAGACUCGUCGUUCCCUCUUGACAUCAGCGCUGUGAAGAAGGACCACAGCUUCCUGGACCAGGACUCCCUCAAAUCCCUGUGCAGGAGGCUGAUGACCCUGAACACAUGUGCCUCCAUGAAGCUGGAAGUCCACUUUCAGCGUAAACAGAAUGAAGACUCUGAGGAGGAAGACCUGUGUGCCAUCAGUGACCGCUGGGCUUUCCAGAGGGACAGCAAGAGGUGGUCGCGGGUGGGGUCCGUGGACGUCCUUUCCCAGGGCUCCGAGGUCCUGAGCUCCACCACGCGGCCGGCGUCCAGCCGCGAGAGCGUCCUCACGGACCUCAGCACCAACCCGGAGGCCGUGUCCCUGCACAGCAGCGGCAGCACGGGCUGCACGCUGGGUGUCGGGGCUGCGCCGCCUGAGCCCCCGUCCCCCAUCUGCACCAUCGCCGCCUCCAGCCGCAGCUUGAGUGAGCGCUCCUUGCCGGAGCAGCCCUCGAGCCGUGGCGAGGGCUCCAAGGAGAAGCCGAAGAAACUACGAUCUCGCAGCUUCUUGAAGAGGAUCGAGUCCCUCCGAAGGAAGGACAGGGAGAAAGCCGGCCCAGAAGAGAAGGUGGCCCCACACGACAGCAUCCCGGCCACGCCGGGAUGGGACUCCCUGAAGUCUAACAGGGACGUUGCAGCCGCUAAGGCCAGCUCCCCUAAAAGAGGGAUAUCUGCCUCUUUUCAUGGAAAAAAACACUUCUUCUCGCUAUCGUACAGGACUAACCGCUUGCUAGGCUCAGGCGGGAGCAAGGUGAGCUCUGAUCCGAAACGCAGCAGAGUCUACCUGGAGGACUACGAAACGCCCGUGACAGCCAGCAGCAAGUGGGCUGCUGGAGACCGCCAGCACCGGCAGGCAUGCGAGGGGAAUUGCUUGGUCUACAUCCCCCUGGACCACAAGCCGGGCACCUUCCCCAAAUCCCUCUCCAUCGAGAGCUUGUGUCCCUUGGCCGGCAGCUCCCUGACACACUGGAAAUCGGGGAAUGCACCCGCCGGGCUGGUGGGAGGCGGCAGCAGCAGCAGCGUGGAGGGCUCGUCCUCCCCGCCAGGCUUCGCCUGCCGCCGGCGGCGGGGCUCCUGCAGCUCCCUGGGCAGCCGGGUCAGCAUCUACGACAACGUGCCGGAGUUCGGCAGCAGUGAGGAUUUCUGCAAGGAGGACGGGGAGGUGACCUACGAGAACCUCGAUGACAUACUGCAGCACAUGUGGGGGCUGCAGCAGAAAGUGGAGCUCUGGUAUAAAGCCAUCUCCCCCAACCUGGCUGGGGAGGAAGGGGGCGAGGAGGAGGAGGAGGAGGAGGAGGAGUCGGACUCAGGAGGGGAACCCUCCAACCUGCACUUCGAAGAGCGGUCCAUGUCGGAUGUCGGCACCUCUGCCAGUGACUUUGACAGCACGGGCAACUCCCUCAAUGAGGCCGAAGAGAUCGAGAUGCGGGAGCGCCGGGACUCGGGGGUGGGAGCAUCGCUUACCAGGCCCUGCAGAAAGCUGCGCUGGCACAGUUUCCAGAACUCGCACCGGCCCAGCCUGAACUCUGCCUCCCUGGAGAUCAACCGCCAGUCCUCCGCCCAGCUCAACCUGCUCCAGAAGUGCUCCCUGCUCCGUCUCACAGCCAUCAUGGAGAAGUACUCGGUGCCCCACAAGCAAGCCUGGACGUGGACUGUGCCCAAGUUCAUGAAGCGGAGUAAAGUCCCCGACUACAGGGACAAGAUGGUCUUCGGGGUGCCGCCCAUCAUCAACGUGCAGCGGACGGGGCAGCCCCUGCCCCAGAGCAUCCAGCAGGCCAUGCGCUACAUCCGCAGCCAGUGCCUGGACCAGGUUGGCAUUUUCCGAAAGUCAGGGGUGAAGUCCCGGAUUCAGGCGCUCCGGCACAUGAAUGAAACCAGCCCCGACAACGUCAACUAUGACGGGCAGUCGGCGUACGACGUGGCUGACCUGCUGAAGCAAUAUUUCCGUGACCUGCCGGAGCCCAUCUUCACCAGCAAGCUGACGGACACCUUCCUGCAGAUCUACCAGUUUGUGUCGAAGGAGCAGCAGCUGCAGGCGGUGCAGGCGGCUGUUAUCCUCAUGCCGGACGAGAACCGGGAGGUGCUGCAGACCCUGCUUUACUUCCUGAGCGACAUCGCCUCCGCAGAGGAGAACCAGAUGACCGCCGGGAACCUGGCCGUGUGCCUGGCCCCCUCCAUCUUCCACCUCAACGUGUCCAAGAAGGAAAGCACCUCGCCGAGGGUGAUCCAUAAGAGAGGCACCAUGGGGAAGCCUGACCAGAAGGACCUCAACGAGAACAUGGCUGCGACGCAGGGGCUCUCCCAUAUGAUCACCGACUGCAAGAAGCUCUUCCAGGUCUCCCAUGACAUCUUGCUGCAGCUGAGCAACUCGUAUAUGGCAGCAGAUGCUUACCCCCAUCGCCUGUCUGACUUCGUGUGUCAGGGGGAAAGCAAGGAUUUACACUCCUACUUUGAGCAGAGUGUCCAGAACCUGCUGAAAGAGUCGUUGGAGAAAUUCAAGGGGUGGCUGAACACCCCAGGGCCCCUGAACACGGAGCUCUCCUGCAAAAAGGUUGGGGACGGGCACCCUCUGCGCUUGUGGAAGGUCUCCACGGAGGUUGAGGCCCCUCCCACCACGGUGCUGCACCGGGUGCUUCGGGAGCGUCACCUCUGGGACGAGGACCUGCUGCAGAGCAAGGUGGUGGAGGCCCUGGACAAGAACAUGGAGGUCUACCACUACGUCACGGACAGCAUGGCCCCCCACCCGCGCAGGGACUGCGUGGUGCUCCGGCGCUGGUGCACGGACCUGCCGCGGGGAGCCUGCCUGCUAAUCUCCCUCUCAGUGGAGCACGACAAGCUGCCGGCGGAGGGAGGCGUCAAAGCCGUCGUGCUGACGUCCCAGUACCUCAUCGAGCCCAGCGCCGUGGGACGCUCCAAAGUGACCCACAUCUGCAGAGCUGACCUCAGGGGCCGGUCUCCUGAGUGGUACAACAAGGUCUUUGGCCACCUCUGCGCCAUGGAGCUGGCGAGGAUCCGAGACUCCUUCCCAGCCCUGAGUCCCACCAGCCCUGAGACGAAGAUAUGAGGUGCCAGGAAGAUGCUCUGCCCUGUCUGAUGUGGACUUGCUGGUGGAUCUAGGCUGGGCCUCCCGGAGGGGAGCAGGGUGCAGGCAGCUGGCCGCGGAGGGGGAGGCAGAGGCUGGCGUGUCACAGGCACAUAUUUAUAAGCAUCCUUUUACCCUGGGCUGGGCAUUCCCCAUCCCACCGUCCCUGCUGCUGCUUCAGCCGCCCCUUGCUCCAGCAGCGAAGCCGUGCAGCCCGUGUUCUCCACAGGAGGGACUGGAGCGCAGAGGGAAGAGAGGGUCUGUGGGGUGACCCCCCCCAGGAAGGCAGCCUGCGGGCAGGGCUGGGAAGGCGCUGGCCCGGGUUGAGCGGGGUCCCCCCACGCGAGUGGGGGCGAAGGUGCGGUGGAGCGAAGCGGGAGGGCGUGGAGGCGUGGGGGGAGCGAGCGGGGAGGACGGCGCCGCGUCUGUAAGUCGCAGCGCUGUGUCGGGAAGUGGAGGGUGGGCAGCGAGGGGGUGGGUGGUGUGUGGUGUCACCCAGCGGGGACAGCCAGGGGGAGUCACUGCGAGAACCUGUUUGGUAGUGGAAGAGGCUGCUGUUCUGGGAGGAGGGGGGCUACAUCUAGAUAGCUAGGUAUGCCUCCGGUGCCAGCCUUGUUGAGUGGCAGAAGGAACCUAUUGCCAUUACCUUUGGUGCUGAAUUUCAUAGGAGAAGAAGAAAAAGCCUUCUCGUCCUGUGCCUUGCUCUUACUUGGCUGAAAGCCCUCUCUGGUGCACUAGGUUUCAGUGGGGGCUGGACGGACGAUGUUCCAAGGCAAGCCUGACCCUUGAAACCAGCCUACCCAUCCUUUGGAGGGGGCAGGACACGUCUAGAGCCCCAGAGCAGCUGCCCAUGUCGUUGGCUACAAGCUGGGGAGGGGCAAUGCCCCACCGGGCCGGUUACCAGGAGGCACUGUGGGAGGGAGGGAGGGAGGGAGGGACAUGGCCAGUGCUGCAGCUCCCCAUUUCUUGCUGCUGUCGGGGUUCACGUUGCACUGCCCCGGAGAGGGGAGGAGGGCAGAACAGCCUUGCCAGCACCCGCUGCACCGCGGCAGAGCCCUGGGCUGAAAGCGUCGGCCAAGGCAGGCUUGGGCUCAUCCCAGCUCACAGUGCAGCAUCUGCUUCCUUUAAGAAAGCGAAGCAUGGCAGCCCAGGCUGGGCCAAGCACGUGCCAGCUGCUCGGGCCAGGCUCGGUCCCGUCCUGGCCUCUGCAGUGAGGUGGAGCUGUCCUGGAGUCACCCCAAGCGGGGGGGCCCAUGGCCCUCCUGCGUGCAGAGGUGCCUCCCCAACGCUGCUCCCUGCAGACGUCCACCCCCGUCCCACCCCUCCCUUCUGCUCUGCAGAGGAACCCUCUGCUGUAGCUAACAGCACGCAGGACCCGACCUGGUUUCUCCGUUCAGGCGGGGACCCAAGUUACCAGACAUCGUUCCAACUGGAAGGCAACGUGACCCACAUGCGGGAGCGAUUCCCGGUGUCAGUUUUGCUGUAACACAUUGUAUCUGUCUCUCUUUUGCUGAGAAAAAAAACCAAAAAGCAACCCAGCCUCUGUUCUGUGUUUUUAUAUAUAUAUUUUAUAUAUAUAUAAAAAUAUAACUAACAUUUGGGGAGUGUUUUUUUUUUUCUCCUAAUAUUUUUUUAAAAAAUUUCUCUUUUUCUGUUUAUAAAUACUUGUACAUUUGGAAUAUUAAUAUAUAACUCCGGCGGUAGAGCUCAGCGUCAGGUGAUGUUCACUUAAAAGAUGUGUAUUUUAUAUUUAAGGGACUUUUGUUUUUUAUCAUGUGCAACUGCAACAGAUUGUUUGACUUGGAUGGGGGCUGCUCUUCCCAUCCAUGUAAUUAAUAAAGUACUAACGAUA